CUCAGCCGGUUAGGUAAGCUAGCACUUUGUGUUUGAAGCACUAGCUCCGUGAAGUCCCCGCGGCUUUCCUCUGUUGAUUCUUUGGCGCUUGAUGGCGCUCAAAUAGAUUCUUCGCUUGGAAUCGCGCCAGUGCACAGGGCGCACUUGCCUAUUCCGCUGUUGAUUUGUUUUUCCAAUGCAAGGGUUAGCCUUGGCAGGGGAAUCUCCGUUUGCCCCUCUGUUGUGGAUUCGGGCAUACAUAAGUAUCAAUCAGGUGAUAGUAAAUCCAUCGCACGUACUCCUGAGAUCUUGUGGUUACCAUAUAUUCAUCGGGUUUCGGCGUCAGGCAGCUGAAACUCAGCGGAUUGUCCGUGCGUGUGUGGCCCAGGACGUUAACAUACAACAAGGGCUCCUGAUGUUCUGUCAGUCAGGUGGUGGAGGGGGGUGUGCUAGCUACAAAUCCGGGAAACCUCAUGGCGCGGGACCAGACUUUCGCUUAGUGCACAGUUCCUCCCACAUAGAUCCGAAAUUGGAAAACAUCAACCAAUAUCCCCGCAAAUUGUCUCCGUGCCGCGCAAGCACUGGAGAUUCCCUGUACCCUUGUUAUGGGUUCCGCCAGCAAGUUGUCUUCACACGAAUCGAGGGUUGUGGCUAGCUGCCAUGAUAUUUUUCCGAUUGACCCGCCACGGUCAGGUCAUGUUCGUGUGGCUAAUCAGUAUAUUUCUUGGCGAUAUGAAACU